AUGCCCCGCGCCAAAUCCACCUCUGCCGCCCCCGAGUCCAAGGGCAAGCCCUACUCCAAGCCCAGCAGUAGCAGCAAGGGCAAGUCCCCCGCGCCCGCUGCCGGUGCCAAGAAGAAGUCGAAGAACCCCACCAACAAGAAGCAAGGGGCCUGGAGCUCUGACGAGCUCAAGGCGCUGUACGAUGUUAUGUGUCCUAAGCGCACCGGCGUCAAGUGGGACGAGGUCGCGCGCGCCAUCCCCGGCCGCGACGCAAAGUCGUGUAACAACAAGCCCAAGAUCAUGGAGAUGAUCAUGGCGCUGGCUGAGGAUUAG